AUCUGCUUUCUCGUCCUUCUCCAAUCUCCGUGUUGUUGUUCCCGGUGACGCGGCGGAGGUGUAGCCUGACGCGGGCUCUUACGUGUCGGCCAGAAUAAAAGUGGAGCUCCGGAGGCCUGGGAGUGACGAAGGGAGACUGUAUCGGUUACAACAUCAGGUUAGCCAAUGAAGAUGGAGUCAGCAGCAGAGGUUCAGCAGGGGGCAGAGACUGCUGUGACUGAGACGGAGAACCAGCAGAUCACCCCGGCACAGAUUGCUACUUUGGCGCAGGUGUCCAUGGCAGCAGGACAUGCUUCAGCAACAGGUCCCACAGUAACACUGGUACAGCUGCCCAACGGACAGACGGUUCAGGUCCACGGUGUGAUCCAGGCUGCGCAGCCAUCUGUAAUCCAGUCCCCACAGGUCCAAGCCGUACAGAUCUCCACCAUAGCAGAAAGCGAGGAUUCGCAGGAGUCUGUAGACAGUGUGACCGACUCUCAGAAGCGCAGAGAGAUUCUGUCACGGCGCCCCUCAUACAGGAAAAUUCUGAACGACCUUUCGUCUGAUGCACCUGCUGUCCCUCGUAUCGAGGAAGAAAAGGCCGAAGAAGACUCAUCUGUUGCUGCCGCCACACCUGCAAUCACCACUGUUACUGUCCCGACACCCAUCUACCAGACCAGCAGCGGCCAAUACAUUGCAAUCACACAGGGUGGAGCCAUUCAGUUGGCCAAUAAUGGCACAGAUGGAGUACAGGGCCUUCAGACUCUGACUAUGACCAAUGCAGCAGCAGCCCAGCCUGGUGCCACCAUACUGCAGUAUGCACAGACCAGUGACGGCCAGCAGAUACUGGUUCCCAGCAACCAGGUGGUGGUCCAAGCUGCCUCAGGUGACGUUCAGGCCUAUCAGAUCCGAGCAGCCCCUGCCAGCACCAUUGCUCCCGGGGUAGUCAUGGCCUCGUCCCCUGCUCUUCCGACCCAGGGUGCCACUGAGGAGGUCACCAGAAAACGCGAGGUCCGCCUCAUGAAGAACAGAGAGGCGGCCCGUGAAUGUCGCAGGAAGAAGAAGGAAUAUGUUAAAUGUCUGGAGAACCGAGUGGCCGUUCUGGAGAACCAAAACAAGACACUAAUUGAAGAACUUAAAGCCCUUAAAGACCUUUACUGCCAUAAAUCAGAGUAGUUGCACUCCUGAACACCACACUGGGCCAAGUAGCAUUUCAAUACCUUUCAAAUGCUUUGACUGUUUCUGUCCACCUGGCCUUCCGGUUUGCCCUUGCCUGGUCUUUAUCCCCACCCCCACAAAAUGGCUCAAUCCAGAAGACUGUUAUUACAAUAAAUUUAAAAAACAAAA